UGUAACAGACGGUUUCAAAAUGAUAUCAAAGUGGACAAUUGCGUUAACAUGCGCGCUAGUUGCAUUUUGCGAAUCAGCUUUUGUGGAAUCAUUACAAAAAUGUAAAAUGGAUGACACAGUUUGUUAUAAAGAUCUUAUGAAGAAUAUUCUUCAGGAUAUAGACCAAACUGGCAUUGCAGAAUAUAAUAUACCACCAAUUGACCCAUUUUCUUUAAGUGAAUUUAAAGUAUCAAUUCUAGAUAUGUUGUCUAUUACUGUAGUAGAAGGAGAAGUACGAGGAAUUAAAGAUUGUGUGUUUGAAAAUAUUAUAUCUGAACAUGAGAAGGGGCAUCUUGUUUUGGAAUUGGUUUGUAAUCUAGUCAUGAAAGUGAAAGUCAAAUUGGGAGAAAUAAGCCCACUUCUCCAGAAUAGUCUUGGAAGCAAAGCACUCGAAGGCGGUGGUAAUGCCAAAAUUAAACUAGAUAAUAUGCACUUGAAAUUGGAAUAUUUUUAUGAUACCAUUAAAAAGCAAGAUGGUGACGUAUACUUCAAAUGUAAGCCAGAAAAAUCAAUUCAUGACUACAAAAUUGUUGAUGCAACAAUGGUUGUUGAUAAAAUGGUGUUAGGAAAACAAGACGCGACUAAACAGAUAAACGAUUUCAUGGGGAAAAACGUGCAGUUUUUGUUCAAUACAUUUUCAAAAGAUUUCUUCAAUGUGGCUAUGGGACAUUUAUCUAAGGUAGUAGACAAUUUCUUCGAAAACACUCCUGUCAAGCAUUUCAUUAGCACAGAUUUAUCAACAUACGUGAAGAACGUAUAAAUAUAACUUACAACAUGUGAUUUCGUUUAUUUAUCUUGUCACUAUUUAUUUAUUAUAAAUAUUGUAUAAAAA